AACCCAAAAUGUUCCACUUACAACCAAAAUUCAAGAAAACCACUUCACCAAAAACUUAACCUUUUUAUAGCAAAUUAAUAUGUCCGGUUACCCUCAACCACCACCCGGCUACGGUUACGGCCCCGCGCAGCCGUCUCCCUACGGCGCCCCGCCGACAGCUCAGCCAUACUCUGCUCAACACGGAGCCCCGCCGACCGCUCAGCCAUACUCUGCUCAACACGGAGACCCGCAGACAGCUCAGCCCUACACGGCUCAGCCAUAUGCACCGCCGAAGACUCAACCGCACUCGGCUCAGCCGUACGCGGCUCCGUCCGCACCCUCCUACGGCGUUCCAGCUCCAGGCGGCUACCCUCCGGCGUCGGGACAGGCAGGAAACCCGUUCGCGACUCUACUGCCGUCGACUUUCCCGCCAGGCACGGAUCCGAACAUCAUUGCGUGCUUUCAGGUAGCCGACCGCGACGGAAGUGGACUUAUUGACGAUAAGGAGUUACAGGGAGCUCUCUCUUCGUAUAAUCAGAGCUUCAGCUUGAGAACCGUUCAUCUUCUCAUGUACUUGUUCACUAACACUAACACCAGGAAGAUCGGGCCUAAGGAAUUUACUGCUGUGUUUCACAGUCUUCAGAGUUGGAGGGCCAUUUUUGAGAAAGUAGACAGGGACAGGAGUGGAAAGAUUGAUGCAAAUGAGUUACGGGAAGCACUUUUCAGUCUGGGGUUUGCUGUUUCACCCGUGGUUUUGGAUAUGCUUGUAGCUAAGUUUGACAAAACUGGAGGCAAAAGUAGGGCCGUUGAAUAUGAUAACUUCAUCGAGUGCUGUCUCACUGUUAAGGGAUUAACGGAGAAAUUUAAGGAGAAGGACACCUCUUACACAGGUUCUGCAACUUUCAAUUAUGAGUCGUUUAUGAUGGCUGUUCUGCCAUUCCUUAUCGCCUAGGUUUAAGGUUUUGGUGAUGCAAUUUCUCUGUAUUUUGGCAUAAUAUUCGGUAAUUAACGUGGCUUUAUUUUCUUGGCUGUAAACAAGUUAAAGUUCUAUGAAUUUAUGAUUUAAUCAUUUAACUU